CUUCUUUCUUGUCGAUCGUUGCAGGUGCAGCCACACAAACUUACUGAUCUGUGCCCACAAAACAGAGUGGCUGAAAGCAGCCUCGCAGUGGAAGACAGAGGUCAAUCCACUGGCCAUACAAGACAAAGUAGUUCAUCAUCGUUAAGAAGUGAGCCGAUUCCAACUAUUUAUUCCGAACAGGUUAAGCAAUGCCCGGUUCAGAAACUUCAGAGACUGCCAGAUGGGUACCAUCCUGAUUUUGACAAUGACCAUUUAUAUUCUGCCAACAAGCUCCUGGAGUCCUGGUCUAAAUCUCAUGGCUCUGUUCUUGUUGAUGAUAAGGAACAUAUAUUAAAGACCAUCUUAUUCUCAAUGGUUGUGUUGGCUGAUGCUCGCCAACCUUUUCUGAUUGUCACUACUACUGCUUCUCUCUCCUUAUGGGAGGUUCAGUUCAAUAAAUUAGCACCACAUAUCAAUGUUGUUGUGCAUGAUGGGCGGGCAGACAUGCUCAAGUUGAUUCAAGCUCAGGAGUUCAACGAGAAUGGAAGCCACAUAACGUCACAAGUUCUCUUAUCCCAUCCUGAGGCUAUCUUAGAGGACAUUGAGCCUAUUGCACGUAUUGGUUGGGAGGCAAUCAUAGUUGAUUAUUAUCAACACUUGGCUCUAAAAUAUCUGGAACAGCUGAAGCAACUUUGUACUGGUUUUAGAGUGUUGCUUGUGAGCUCCCCAAUUGAGGAUAUCCCUGAGUACAUGGACAUGCUAGCUUUCCUUAAAUCAGGACAGAAAGAUAAUAGUGGCUAUGUUGACACUGCUGAUGCCCUUGAGAUGUUAAAAAGAAGAUUUGCACAUCAUAUUGCAUAUGAGCGCAAAGAAGAUUCUUCAAAAUUUCUAGAGCACUGGGUUCCUGCUUACAUUUCACAAGUGCAGCUAGGUGUCUAUUGUUCCAUUCUGCUUUCAAAUUCAUCUGUCCUCCAGUCUAGGAAGAAAGCUAAUAGUGUUGAAGCUCUUCGGGACAUUCUCUUGUCUCUCUCAAAGUGCUGUAAUCACCCUUACCUCCGUGAAUGUCUGGAAGCUUCACCUGUCAACAAUCCUGAUAUGACUGAAACAGUAGAUAUUGGAGUGCAUGCAAGCGGCAAGCUACUACUUCUUGACAAAAUGCUUAAAGAGAUCAGCAACAGGAGGUUGAGAGUCAUUGUUCUUUUUCAGUCUGGUGGAGCAGGUGCAAACCCAAUGGGUGACAUUCUGGAAGGUGUUGUGUGUCAUAGAUUUGGCCCUGAGUCUUAUGAACGUGUCAAAUGUGGUGCGGUGAUGUCAAGUAAACAGGCGGCAAUUGAUAUGUUCAAUGACAAGACCAAGGGGAGAUUUGUUUUACUGAUUGAAAGUCGUGCAUGCCUCCCAAGCAUUAAGCUACUAUCAGUUGAUGCAGUCAUCAUAUAUAGCAGCGUCUGGAACCCAUCUAAUGACCUGAAAGCUCUUCAAAGAAUCAACAUAGAGUCACAACUUAAGUAUGUGAGCAUUUUCCGAUUGUAUACUCCUUUCACAGUUGAGGAGAACAGCUUUGUGCUUGCAAAGCAGGGCAGGCUUAUUGAUAAUAACAUCCAGGAUGUAAUGCACACUUCAAGCCAUUCCUUACUCAGUUGGGGUGCACAAUUUCUCUUCACCAGAUUUGAUGAGCUUAUGCAAGAUAGGUAUUUAAGCAAGCAUUCUGAAAGGGGCACCAGUUUUAUGGAUGAAGUGAUAUUAGAGUUCGUAACAAAAUUACCCACAAAUACAGAAGACAGCUCCAAAAUAAACAGUGUGUACAUAUCGAAAGCUAAUAUGAGUGGGGAGUUUUAUUCAAGAAGCAUUACUGUAAUUGGUGAAAAGGAGGGAAUGUCUAUGCUGGAUGGGGAUCCAUCUGUAUUUUGGUUAAAUUUACUGGAUGGAAAAUCUCCUUGUUGGAGCUAUAUAUCUGAGCUAACACAGUCAAUCAAUGGAAUGCUACAGAACAUAGAAGAACCAGCCCAAGUUGCUGCCGAAGAAACUGAUGAAGCUACCAAUGUGUCAGUCACACAGCAAAGAGAAUGUCAUGUGUCUGUCACACAGCAAAGAGAAUGCCAUGUGUCAGUUGAUGUAUUUCCCAACAUGGCUGUGGAGAGAAGAAUUGAUUUAGUGGAUGAUGUCUUCUCUUUGAGAGAAAAUAAUAUCAUUCAUAAGCAACAAGCUGAGAUAUCAAAUUUAGUGACACACUCACAGCAUAAACAAAUCCUGAGAAUUGGAGCAACUCAGAUAUGUGGAUCGAGCAUGCAUAUGCAACAAUUGAGAACUCUGCCUGCCCAACAAAGUUUAGCAACCUUGCCCCAUCCACCUGCAGAAGCAGUGCCAGCAGGUAUUCCUGGCAUGGAGGCCACGACAUGUUUACAGUCAAUGCAGUAUCAACCUACAGAGGCAGAAUGGGGAGGUAUACUGGGCGCAUUAGCAGCCCACGGUUCGCAGCCUGAAAUGCAACCAUCAACCUCAAUGCAGGAUGUUUUAUUUGAAAAGACUGAUCUGUCUGGCAUGCCUUUGCUAGGAAGUAUGAAUGCUCGUCAAAGUGUAGAACCUUCAUUGGAUCUGCACGCAGGAGAAGAACCAGCAGGCACUUUGGGCAUGGUGACAACUGAUCAGCUGCAGUCUGAAAUACAACAAUCAGCCACAGUACAUGAUCGGCCUGCAGAAGCAGAAGGAACAAGUACAUUAGGCACCAGGGCACUUCAGAAUUUGCACCCUGAAAUGCAAUCAUCAACCGUAAUGCAUCAUGUCCCUCUUGAAAGAGCACACUCUGAAGGCAGGAGCCAAACAGGAUUUCAGCGAAAUACAUCACCUGGUCCUGAGCAGCUCAGCCAACUCCUUUUUUUCGAGGAAGAGCUCAACCAAGUCCUAUCUGCUAGUGACCAGCCACAGGAAGAUAUGUCGAAAAUGUACAAACAUCACAUCAAUUUGCUUAGAGAAGCCCAUGAACAGAAGAUAUCACAACUUCAAAUAGAGCGUUACCGGGAAAUAGAAAAUGUGAACAGAAAGUAUUACUCAUUACUCCAAAAAGAAGAUCCCACUUUACCUCACAGCCAGAUGGGACUUGUUGAUAGCUACAAGGAAGCUUCUGUAAACAAAUCACCAGCUCAAGAUUUUCUAGGGGAAGUUGCACCAUCAUCUGCAGCUCAAGGGAGAUCUGAGAGGCCUGCAAUGGUGCUGCCACCUAAGUCUUCACCAGCUCAAACCACAGCAUCACCAGGGUGUAGGAGCACAUUCACCUCCUGCCGCUUCACCUCCAGCAGCACAUGGCCAAGUGGUGACAUGGAGAACUUUGCAUCGACAAGUCUAGGCAGGUUCCAGUUGACCUCCAUGAAAAAAAUGUGUGAUCUGCAGCAUGACACGAGAUGGGAAAUGCUUCUCUUCAGAACCAUAUCCGCGCUCCGCCAUGAGGGUCUCGGAGACCAAAGGGUCCACGUCGCACCUGAUAUCGAGGAAUGCUACAGCUAGCUGGACCACGCCUUCAAGUUGCUGAUAAGUGAGUGAGAAGAGAAGGCGCUCAUCCUGCGCCGCUGCUGCCGCAGGAUCCUCCAUGCCCAUGGCGAUCACUGGGCAGUACAGCUGGACCUUCCAGAGCCCGCUUGCCUGGAGGGCGUACGAGAAGAGCGGUGACGCUACCCUGGGCGCGUGGUGCGAGGACCGCAUCUCGACCAUCCAGUUGGUCACCGCGAGAUUCAUCGUCUGCAUCCACUGGUCCUCGAGGUUGGCGCCGAGCAUUUUGACGAGGGUCUUUGCAGCGCCUCUGCACUUUGGGCUGGUCAGCUGAGUCCUCAGUGAGUCCAGGCACCCACGGCGGAGGUCGCGGGGCGCCUCGUAGAUGCAGACCAGGAAAGCAAGGGACAAGAAGACUAUGUUGAACGCGUCGCUGAAGCUGCCGCCAUGGAGGUGCUGCGCCCCGGGGAACCGGAAGGACGGCUUGCUGCUGUUGUCCGGCCCGUACCGCAGCACCUGGUUCACGAUGUCCACGAACAGCUGCACCAUGUCUUGCUCGUCCAGGGAUUGCUGCGCCUUGGUUUUCAGGUGGACCGGUUUCGACGUCCACAGGAAGAUGGGCUCGCGGUAGUUGGCGGAGAUGGAGAAGGUGAGGUGGGAAGGCUGGGCGGGGGGUGAUUUGGUGGCUGAGAGGCUCAUUGAUGCCGGCUGUGAUGACGCCGACGGUGAAGGCGUAGCACAGAUGCAGAGGGACAUGGUGUUGGUGCGCCACUGGGAGAAUGGGGGCAGGCUGCUAAUCCAGCCCCAUGCAUCAGGCACGAAGUUGUGAGCCAUUGUGGUGUUGGAAGAAGCUUGAGCUCCUUGCUGGCCUUUUAUAAAGAGGGAAAGAAGGCGAUGGCGCGGCGGAUAGAACUUCGGUUUAUCGCAUAUGAUUGAGCCCAAUGAGCGCACGGCAAAGUCUCGGGUAAAGUAGAUUCUUGGUUUGAGAUUUAUCUGGUCUAGAUGCUGAUUGGAAAAUUUAUCUGCUACUAAUUGAGACUCGAAGAAUCUCUCUUUAUGCUGCCGUGCAGUGCUGACCGUGAACUGCUGUUAUAUAUAGCACGCGUUUCAAACUAAAGUUGGUGACCCUGAUGACAAAUUGUACUGUUCGGGAGGAAACUUGUGCCGUGGCUGCUGUCAGCUGGGAAUCGGAACCCGAGGAAUCUCACAUUGUACUUUCGUGAAGCUUUGCAAUUUAUCAACUCCAGACGCACGCCAUUUAUCCUUC